GCCCAACUCCAAUCACCUCACCACACACUCUCCCUCUCUCUCACUUUCAUUUCAUUUCUUCUGUAACCAAACCCUUUCUUCUCCUUCUUCUUCUUCAACAACAACAAUGGCCGAUCAGCUCACAGAUGAUCAGAUCUCUGAAUUCAAGGAGGCUUUCAGCCUCUUCGACAAGGACGGCGAUGGUUGUAUCACCACCAAGGAACUUGGAACUGUGAUGAGAUCUCUUGGGCAAAACCCGACCGAAGCUGAGCUUCAAGAUAUGAUCAAUGAGGUGGAUGCUGAUGGGAACGGGACGAUUGAUUUCCCGGAGUUUCUUAACCUGAUGGCACGUAAGAUGAAGGACACUGAUUCUGAGGAAGAGCUCAAGGAAGCUUUCAGGGUGUUUGAUAAGGAUCAAAACGGUUUCAUUUCUGCGGCUGAGUUGCGUCAUGUCAUGACUAAUCUUGGUGAGAAGCUGACAGAUGAGGAAGUCGAUGAGAUGAUUCGCGAGGCUGAUGUGGACGGUGAUGGCCAGAUCAACUAUGAGGAGUUUGUUAAAGUCAUGAUGGCCAAGUAAGGAUCUUCAGUCUGGGAAUUGGAUUAAGUUAAAAAAAAAGAAGAUAAAUGUGUUUGCGGUUAUGAUUCAUUUUCCGGUGUUUUAGUGUCUGUUGGGUGCUUUCGGUUUCUCUUGUUUGCAUUUAUUUGUAGCGACGAAAUAUUAACUACUUGUUUUUCUGUAUUUUGUUGAGUAGCUUGCAUUAGUUUCUGGUUAUUUGUUAAAAAAAACCUAGAACAAGUUGGAGUCUUUUGUUUCUUAUUUUCUAUUAAUCUAAGUUGUUUUUCAUUAUUG